GAUUUUGGGAGGAAAUCAGGUACGCACAACCCCAAUCCUCAUCGAUUCACUCUCAUCUCCCUUCAUUCGAAUCGAACAUUCUCACUAUCAAUUUCUCAAACCCUAGUUGAAGUCUCUUCUCAAUUCAAUUCGGUGGGGUUGGUUAUACUCAUUCCAUUGAGUAUGCUUGCUAUUCAUUGUGUUGAUUGAAGGGAAAAGGAGUUCCUUUUAUUCACUUAUGGCAGAGUAUGUGCCGUCGAUGUCAUGUGUUAAGCUGCAUACGCGGAUAAGUUGUACCAUCAAACAAAAGGGAUUCUCACCCCGGAAAUCACAUAUCAGAAUAGUACAAAGUUAUGACUACAGGAAGUAUUCACAUGGAAGCCGCAACUCUAUGCAGUCACCGGGGUUGAAAAUGAGCGAGCUUAGUGUUCCUGGCUUCUCAAACUUGAGCGCAAGUCUUUGGUCCAGGAGGGCAACUUUCAAUUGUACCUGUUUAGGAUCAUUGGUAAACUCUGAAGGUGCAACGGCUUCUACUUGGGUACCAGUUGUUGAUCAGAUACUUCUGAUGUCAAGUAUAUUUCUUACUUAUAUGGCUGGUGUAAUUCCUAUUAGGCAGCCUUAUAGAAAGGAUGUCUCCAGUGACAGCAAUGUUUCUGGAAGUUCAACCUCUUCUGGUAGCUCAACAACAAACAAAGACCUAGCUAAUCCAAAGUAUGUUUUAGAUAUCGUUAAAAGGAAACUUUUGGAUUCUUUGGAUGCCUUUGAACGUGGAGAUGUUUUGGGAAAUAGGAUUCUUGAAUACAGUGAGCUACGUCCAAAACGACCUUUAAAUUUGAGUGCCCUUGCGGAUGGUCCAAGAUUAAGAUUGCUCUGGGUUACUUUUCAGCAAAUUGAGGAAGAGGUGAAUAAUAUAUCAAACACUGAAUCUAUCGACUUGUAUGAUAGGUUGAUUGUUUUUUCUAGAGUGAUUGGAAAAUCAUGUCAACCUGUGUGCAUGACUUGGCUGGAAAGGGAGCACGCCCUUGCAAGCAUCAAUCUUGACAAGGCACUUGUUUCAUUGUUGGGUGCAAAGUUAAAUGGAGACAACACUAUUCUGCUGAACAUAAAGAAUUCAGGCAAGGAAGAUCUUUAUGCAGAUUUAUUGUGCUUUCUUUGUUUUGGUUCUAUCAGGGAGGAUUGCUAUUAUGACAAGAGCUUGUUUUUUUCAAAUGGAAUUUCCAUAUUGGAAGAUUUGUUGGUAAAUAUAGCUGAUGGGAUGGCAAGCAUAUAUUUAGAGCUUAUUUCUGUUGAUAGUAAUGUCUCGAAUGAAAUGAAUAACUUGUGCAUGGCAUUAUGUACUUUGUCAACACGAGCUCUUCAAAGAUUACGCAAUGAGGUAGCUUUAAAUCAGUGGCUGUAUCAAAAUUUGGAGGCAGUUGUGUCAAUGUAUGAAGAUCGCUUUGACCUAUGCACACUUCAAAGACGCCUAGUUGAGGAACCAACCAAUAGUUCUACAGAAAAUUCUUGGUGGAAAAGGCUUAUCCAGAACAAAUCUAAAAUUGCACCAUCUUCAUUAACCUAUGUGUCCCUAAACCACUUUUCCAUGUCAGUUAAGCGGACAAAGGAAUUGAGGGCCCUGGCAGGGUGGAGGUAUUACUUCAGCCUAUUACUAGAGCUGUCCGACAUUGGAAUGCCAUUUGUUAGAGCUGUUAUCAACAAAGUAACCGAUGCCAUCUCAUUCUUUUUAGUUUGCUUGAUUGGUCGGUCGUUGGGACUCAUCUAUACCGGAAUCAGGCAGUCCCUUAAAUGGAAAUGAGAUAUAAAACUAAGAAAGGUACACCUUUUGUUCAUUGCAAUUUUUGUUAAAGGAAGCAGAGUCAAUCAGAAGAACUUGUUUCAAUCUGUCCGGUUGAAAUUCCAUUUUUGUUCUAGCCACUUGAGGCUACCUUAUCCUUGGUUAACUGAUCUGACACCAGAAUUCAUUUGAAUUUGACAUCAAUACCAACUUUCAUGUGAUCCUGUUUCAAAUUGGGAAAGUUGUUUGGCAUAUAUAUAAGAAUAAAUGAGUUCUCAUUCUUUUUCUGGACUGGCAGUUCCCAACUUCUGUAUAUAUUUAUAUCUAUAUCUAUAUCUAUAUAUACUUGUUUUCCUACAUGAUUUUUUUUUUGUAGGGCUGCAAUGUCCCCUUCUUUCCUUCCCAAACUGAGGUAAAGACCCUCCUUUAUUUUUCUAGUUUACUUUUAUGAAAGAUCAUUAUCAGCUCUGGCCUAGUGAAUAAGCAACUUAGUUUUGCUUUCUCAA